AAGACGGUAGAGAGUGACUCGCUUUGUUUUAAAUCUUACGAAGGUAAAGGAGUUAGCAUUCGCCUCAGACUAUCUAUCAGUUCAAAGCGAUUUGUCCACUCUGAUAAGUUGUGAAGAAAGGGGGAGAGAAUUUAUAAGGCAUCAAGAGAAUAACCACGGUAUUGAAGUGACAGACAGAGAUCUAAAGACUUGUUCUGAAAGUUUUCAUCAAGAGGAAGCUCCUUUCGUUGAACGGUAGGUUCUUUAGGUUCUUUAAGACAAUAUCGAAUGUAUCAAAUAAUAUGUUUUCUGAGGGUGCAUGAAAGCGCAGCCUUUGUUAACAACCCAAUUAAAUAUAAGUUGAGGACUGAUUUUAGCUUGUAUCUAUCGAAACCGAUUUCGAUUCGAUGCCAGCUGUAUUAUCCAUCUCUAAGUACUCUCCUAAUGCCGGAUUGAGUCCACGCGUAGCUUCGCAUUUUAAAAGGAUUUCUUUUAAACAGAUAGAUAAUACUUUAUUAAAUCACGCAGUUUAAAUAGCUCUAAAAGCUCGGUCGUUAAAACGUAGAUCAAAUGAGAAAUCUUUAAAGACUUUUGCCCUUGUGACGGUAUUUUAAGAGCAUAGUUCGAGAGUUCACAUCUAGAACAGGAAAUCGAAAGUGCUAUGUAAUUAUAAACAAAAAUGGAAAACCCCUUUUUAGUGGUCACUAAUAACAAAUCCCCUCUUUUGGCAAGAAAUGGACGGAAAGCGACGAAUUAAAGGUACACGUUUGAACACGAUGCGAGAGAGGGUAGGAGAAUUUAUAUCAUGUAAAUAUCAUGUAGUUACUUUUCGGCAUUGCACUAAUUUUCUGACUGAAAAAUAAUAAACGCGUUGACACGUAUAGGAACUCAAAGGUAUUACCCUCGACAAAGCCGGCCUAGGGUAAAACUAUAAAAAAAAUUUGGAUCUUAUUUUAUUCACCUGUACCUCUGCUAAGAUGAAAGAAUCGCAGUGUUAUAGAAUAACGGUCAGCUCUCCUUUAUAGGAGAGAAAGUAAAUCGUCGAAAGAAAGCGAGAGUCUAAUGUACAGGCCGAUCAAUUAACAUCUUCUAUAGCAAAGCUUUGAUUAGGGAUUUCCACUGUCAGUCAUUUUGUGAAUUAAUGGCGGGCCUUCACUCCCAUUGUAGUAACAGGUGAUUACUUAUACUCUAAUUUUCUUAACUUAUCCUGCGCUAUUCACUACUGCCUGCAAUCGACCAAGAUCUUUCGGCUGUGACAAGGCAUUUUGUAUCUUAACGCGCUACGUCUGUCGUACGGUGCAUUUUGCUGUCUAGAAAUUGUAAAAUCGAGUGGAAGUGCAGAAAACGAAAAGGCCUGUCUCUAAUUUGUCACAAAUAAGCUUAAAUAUCGCGGGGGCAGGCUAUUCGGUAUGCGUUUUGAAAGGGUUUUAUUGAAAUCAGUGAUGUGUAUUCCAAUGUCACGCGCGUAUCACCGAUUGUAAAGCAGCCGUCACGAAAUUUUAAGCCUCAAAAAUGUGUUAAAUGUGUUAAAUUUCUGACCUUAUGUUUUGUUUUUUUUUGUUUUUUUGUUUUUGUUUUUUUCAAUGUUUUUUUCGGUUGUAUGCUUUAUGAGCUUCUCGAUUCGUCAGUGAUAGAGACGAAACAAUUAUCGAGAUUUUGCGCCAAAUCUCUUCGGGUUCCACUUCACCGAACAGUAAAUCGAGAGUGCCGAGUUAUCAAAACACAAAAGGGAAAACCCCAUUUCGUGGCCCAUGUAACUAAAAACACGUGAAAAGUCACAAAAAAAAAUAGAUGAAAGGGAAUGACAGAAAUAAUAUAACAGGGAAAUUAACCCAUUGUGGUUGUGGCGAACCCUUGAUGUUAAUGAAGAAGUAUUUCGAACUCUCCUUUAAAAUCUAUGAGCUGUAUUUACCUGACGGAGGGCUAGGACAUUUUUAACUCAUCUUGACACUAAAGUGAACAUUUAAACUGCCCAGACAAAAAAACUUUGAGCAAGCGAAAUCAGAAAAGAUCGAGGCGAAACCAAAUCAUCACAAAAACGUGUAAGGUCAGUAAAUCUGUUUGUCACUCGGUUAAUGCUAUGUAAAUUUGUUAAUGAUGAGAUUCGAAGAAAGUUGAUAUCACGCUUGUGACUAGCCUGUCUUAAUUUCAUCUCAAACAAAGCGAUUUGUGGUGAUGUAUGGUUGAUCUUUCAAGUUUCAUCCGGGGUUUGGUGUGUUAUUCUAAUCUCUUACAUUGUAGCUCAUUCAAAUUCAAAACUUCUUGGCUUUUCUAUGUUCCAAACAAGCAGAUACCCUAUGUUGUAGGUAAUUUUUACGGGAAGUUCUUCAUCGACUAUUUUUAAAGGACGAAAAGAAAAUUCGAACACAACAAGAGAGGGAGAUGAGACGGGGGAAAGGAGACGCGGAUUACCCUCACCCCCCCCCCCGCUCUUUCCCAGUUUUCUUCCUUGCACUCGGUCCAGGUCGGUCCAGGAUUCCUCGUCCAAGUGAUCCAACAUGGCUGACUAAAGGUGCGCAUUAUUAACACAACUAGUUUACUAUUUCAUUCAAUGCGGCCAAAAUUAGCGGUCAAUCCUUAGCUCUACCUUGUUUAAAAGAGCGUCUGCGAUUUUUUCGUAUUAAAGGAUUUUCCUUCCUUCCUCUAACAGAGAAAUGGAGGAAGACGAGCCGGUCGCUAAAAGAGCAUGCUUGGGUUGUGAGGAUGACUACUUCAUGGAUGUAUACAGCUUUGUACAGCCCGGACAAAAGAGCCAGCUUUGCCUCUAUCUAACCAAAGGUGGAGGCAAGGGCAGACAAGCCUUCCUACAGGUAUCUGUAAAAAAAACGUCUUGUUCUGUUGCCUUUUCAGAAGAAAUGCGGAACCAUCAGUCACUACUCUCUAAUUAUUAAGAACUUAUCGAUCAAAUUCGAUCAGAUACUUUAGCCAAACAUAACUUUGAUGUCAGUAAAGAACUCUUGUGCAUGGCUGAAUCUUCUCUAAGAAAGUGUACAACACUUGAACUGAUAUGAAAUUCAACUUUAAAGUCUACCCAAAAAGCGGUGGCAAGUUUUCCUGUAUCUGUCUAGUUUUGUUUUGUUUGUUUGUCUUUGUUUCUUUUUGUUCUUCCUUUUUGGAGAUAAUGAAUAAAGAGCACAACAUUGCUCUCAGACCUGAAAAAUUAUUAUAGCUUUUGACUUUUUCACGGUUGUAUGUAAAUUAAUUUGGAAAUUCAGCGUUACAUGGAAAUAACCGUUCUUCUCGAGCUACAUUUAUCGAUUCUCAUGACUUGGUCUUUGUACUAUGCAUAAAAAUUGGAGGAGAAUCUAAAUUUAAGUCGCAUCUGGGUUAAAAGAACUGAAAGAAAUAACAAGUAAGUGAUAUCGUGGUUUCUUUUCAGGAAGAGCAAUCUCGACUUGGCAUGAUGAGGGUCCAUGUCGAUAAAUUCUGUUUGAAAGAAAAGGAAGCGUGGUUGAUUAUCGCCGCGUUAAAAACGGGAGAUUUUGAAGCAGUUAAACGGGUAAGAAUCAAGGGAACAUGAGGGGCUGGAUUGUGUAAGCUUCAUUUCAGCGCGGUCAGUUACAACUUACGCAGAAGACAGUUAGACAGCCAACUUAGAUAUGAGGUUACUCGGCUCAAAAUUGAUUCUUCCUAUUCAGCUUUUAACUAGAUGUGCGGCAAAUCGAGUUAAAAGCUGAAAAGCAAGAAUCAAUUUCGAGGUUUCAAUUGCAAUUUAAGAACAAAUAAAUGAAGGGUUAUUUGCAUCUAUGUACUUACUAAGCUUUUGUAGGGUUAGAGUUUCAGUGAAAUCUGUAUGCUAUCCCUGCAGAUUAUGCGAUCAAUACUAGUUCACUUCGUGGGUUAUCCUUUAAAAAGAGCUUUGGUCGUAGUCAGAGAAUAUCAUUUUGCUCAACUUUCACUUGUUUUCGCAUAUGCUGACUCAGAUCGAAAGAAUAAAGAUCGACCAGUUUACACUGCCAGAGAAAUUAACUUACACACUUCCGCAUGGCAGCGUAGCCUCGCUGAAGAUAAGUGUAAAGCUGACUAGCGAAAGGGAUGAGCUUCUCCUCGAAACGGAGCAGUUGGAGAUAAACCUAGCUUCGGUGAGUGGUGAAACAUUCAAAAACAAUAAUGAAAUGAUAACGUACAUAAUUAUUCUAUUAAGAAUCAAGCAGUGAAUUAAAUUAUAACAUCUUUUGGUGGUAUAGUUUUAUCUAUUUAGAAUAACAAAAAUGAGUUAGGGUAUUAUGUGCCGUAAUGAAUAAGUGGUAAUUCGACAAAAAAAGCUUCCCAUAACAAACUUAUAGCUAGCAUUGAAUUGAAAGCCCUCGAGUCUGAAAAAUGUUCAAACAACAAUAACAAUUUCAAACAUACCUUGCUACAUCUUGCUGGGAAAUGAGUUAAAAGGGAGCAAUGUCAACUCAGCUUUUCAAUCAAAGGAUAGUGAUAUUAAGUUAUAAAGAUUCUGCAGUUUAACUUUGGUAUCAUAAAAUUACUUUCCACUUUAUCUUUCACCUAUCUUGCCAUCUUAACAAGAUUAGGUUUCUCAUCGACAAAAAAUUUUAAAUUUUAGAAAAUAAUUUUUCCUCUGCAGACUCCUUUGUUUGAGACGAAGCCAGCGGUGGAGCAUGGCAACAAUCCCGAGUAAAGAGAGGAACAGAAGUUCUAUUGGAGUGGCACGGAAGCACGGGAUGUGCAAGUGACGUUUACUUCGAGACGGCGCGAGCUGCUGUGAUUGAACGCAUUACAUUAGUCGCCUGAGGUGGCGGUGCGGACCGAGCCUGUUCAGGGUCGUGAGCCCGUGAUGUGCCGUGGUUGGCACAAGUGUGAAGCCGUAUGUUGACGGCCUAGACGACAGAAGACGUCUUAAUCGUCCGCACUACGCUUAUCCGCCCUGUAAACAUGUAAAUAUUGGAUUGAUUUGAAC